AUGGCCGACACCGAAAGUCGAGUCAAUAUGGCUCUGGAAAUUGAUUCCGAGAGCGACGACCUCGAGAGCAUUGAAAGUGAUCUGACUUCGCUUUCAUCAUCUGUCUUUAAUUAUGUUUAUGAAAACGGUCGAACUUAUCAUGCAUAUAAAUCCGGUUCUUAUAUACUCCCCAACGAUGAGAAAGAACAAGACAGACUAGAUCUUCUGAACCAUGUUUUCCGGCUAUGUCUCAAUGGGGACCUGUGUUUUUCUCAGAAUGGUCUCAACAAUCCGCAAAAAAUCCUCGAUGUUGGCACGGGAACUGCAAUCGAGCUGAAAUAUUUACCGUUUUCAGUGGCCGACGCCUACCCAUCUGCAGAAAUAACGGGGGUUGAUUUGUCACCAAUUCAGCCUAGGUGGGUGCCUCCCAAUGUGCGAUUUAUCAUCGAUGAUAUCACCCAACCGUGGGACUUCCCGAAUAACUCCUUUGAUUUCAUACACGUACGAUGCCUGGCCGGUAGUAUAACGGACUGGCCUGGGUUUCUGGCAGAGGCUUACAGACAUCUAAAGCCUGGUGGAAAGAUCGAACUUUCUGAAGGUCGUACACACAUGGUCUGUGAUGAUGGCACUUAUCCCGAAACGUCAUUUACGUAUAAGUGGAUUGUAACAUAUCUUGAUCCCAAGAGGGUUUUUGAUAACUUUCCAGAAUUUCAAGGGCUUCUGGACAAAGCUGGCUUUGACUCUGUGAAAACGCACGAAGAACCGUGCCCUAUCGGGACGUGGCCAAAGAACCCAAGAUUGAAGGAGAUAGGUCGCUACUUCCGUGUUCAAUUUCUUGAGGGCGCGGUCGAUAGCUAUUCACUUGCUCUCUUCACGAGAUAUGGAGGUUGGUCGACAAUAGAGACGGAAGUUCUAUUGGCACACGUUCGGGAGGAGAUCAAGUCUAACAAGAUGCAUGUCUACACUCAUUGCUCUUUUGCUACUGCAACGAAGCCUCUUUUGUAA